UCUCUCUCUCAUUUGCUGUAAUGAAGAACAACAAACCCAUUACAGAAGCUCCCCUUUCUUGAGGCUUUGCUCUUUUCUCAUCCACAUUGAAAAGACACAGUCAUGGGUUGCUUCAUUGGUUGUUUCGGUUCCACCAAGGAUGCCAGACGCACAAGAAACAGACGCAAGCGAGGUGAUUGUAGCAGCCGGGAGCAACAAAGUGUAUCUUUUCUUCAAGAUCAUUCCAAAACCGGACUUAGUUCUUCAUCACAAGUCAAGAUUAAACCUGAGGAGCAGGUGAACUUGAAUUUGAACCUGAAUAGCAGUACUAGAAAGAAAGUAACUUUUGAUACCAAUGUGAAAACCUAUGAGCCUGUUUUGGUGGAUGAGGUUGAUGAUUUCCAGCCAGAGAAGAAGAGUGAAGAAGAAUGUGGAGAGGAAGAACAUUUGGAAGCAUCAAGCCAGAAAAGGUCUUGCUCUGAAGAAAAUAGUUCGGUGACUUCGGCCGUGUCUUACUCAACAAGCCAUAGAUACCAAAAUUGCAGAGAUAGUGAUGAAGAAGAAGAUGAAGAAAUGGAUUACUGGGAUAGUGAUCUUACUGAUGAUGAUGAUGAUGAAGAUGGUGAUGGUGGCAUGGGAGAAGAAUAUGAUGAAUUUGGAGAGGACUUUGAAGAUGGACUAAUAUGCUCAAGGCCAAGAAUUUAUGUGAAUCAAGUGUUUGUUGAGGAAGUGGAGAAUCCAAUGGUAAAUUGUGAUAGUGAUUUGAGGUCAAUUGGCUUGAAUCCGAAUGCUCGGGAUAGAAGUGGUUAUGUUCAUCCUGUGCUGAACCCGGUUGAAAACCUGAUUCAGUGGAAAGCAGUUAAGGCCAAAAGAACACCACCAUUAAGGUCUCAGAAAGAGAAUUAUGUUUCAAGUGAAGAGUCUUGGGUUGGAUUGAAUGCAGAACCAAGUUUCAGGGAUAAAUCUAAAACUGAUCCAUCAAAGGAAAUUGCAGUUGAUGCCAGCCUUUCUAAUUGGUUGGAUUCAUCCGAAGCUACGCCUGUUAAGAAGGCUAGCUCGGUUGGUCUGAAUGUGGAUACACCCGCGAGCUCACAAGGCUCGAAUUCAGUGAUAAGCCAUGAAGACAGGCCAAUUUUAGGUGCAUUGACAGCUGAAGAGCUCAAACAAUUUUCAGUUUCUUGUUCGCCAAGGAAGUUGGCAAGUCGAAACCCGGAUGAGAAGGCCAUUAUAGGCAGUGUAGGGACUUACUGGAAUGUUAUGGGGACUUCUGAGGAUACUGGCUCUGCAACUUCCUUUAAAGGAAUAGCAGAGAGAGCAUGUAGAAGAGAGGGGUACAGGUGAGAUGAAACUGAAAGAGAAAUCAUGUGUUGGUUCAUUUGAUUGAGGGGUGCUGCUUCUUCUAAAUCCAACUAUGUUCCUCAUUGUGUUCUUCUUAGGAAUGCAUUUUCUUUUAUUAUUAAUUCUUUUGUGAAUGUAUCUUGUGCUGUGAUGUUCUAUUUUCUUUUGUAAGUGGUGUUGGAUUUAUACUAUUUAUCUUCUUU